UGUGCGACAGAAAACAUGGCUGCGCUCUUGAGAUCAGCCCGGUUACUCAAAUUUUCGCCUUCGGGCUUACUUCAGAUUACCGGGACCAAGAGGACCGGGCCGCCGCUCAGUCGGCUGUACAGCGGAGCUCUCGGCGGCACGAGGACCGGAGUUUGUUCCCGACAGAUUUACCCAGUUUCGGGAAACGCGUCCAGUCGUGUGUGGACGUAUGCAGUGGGGUGUGUGCGCAACUAUGCCGCGGUUACAGAGCAGAAGGAUGAGGCCGGCAUUGCGGUGCGGAUCAAGCAGACAAAGCACUUUGACUGGGCUCUGGCCAGACUGGACAGCUCUGUGAGGAGAACCGGUCGCAUCACGAAAACCCUGCUGCUCCGCAUCUUCCAUGAUAUCUGCAGAACAGGUUAUCCCAGUAGUAACCAGGCCUUGUUGCUGCUGCGUAGCUGUGGGACACUGCUGCCAGAGGUGGCCCUUGGGGAGCGCACUGAGCUGGCUCACCGUGUCUGGGACAAGCUGCAGGAGUUGGGUGCACAGUAUGAUGUUAGUCACUACAACGCCUUGCUGAAGGUUUACCUGCAGAAUGAAUUCAAGUUCUCUCCUACUGACUUUCUGGCCAAGAUGGAAGCAGCAAAUAUCCUGCCCAACAGAGUUACCUACCAGAGACUCAUCGCAGCCUAUUGCCAAAAUGGGGAUAUCGAGGGAGCCAGCACCAUAUUGGGCUUCAUGAAGAGCAAAGAUUUACCCAUCACCGAGGCCGUGUUCAGCUCCCUGGUGACAGGUCAUGCUCGUGCAGGGGACAUCGAGAGUGCUAAGAACAUCCUGACUGUGAUGCGAGGAGCAGGAAUUGAACCCGGUGCUGACACUUAUGUGUCACUGCUUAACGCCUACGCUGAGAAGGGAGACCUUGAGAGUCUAAAACAGAUUUUGGAGGAAGCAGAGAGUACAGACUGCAGUCUGAUGGACAGGGACAUCAUGCAGAUCAUCUACUCUCUUGCCAAGACCGGACACCAGCAGCAUGUCCCAGUGAUGAUCGAAUGCUUGAAGUAUGAGAGGGGUUACAUUCCAGAUGCUAUGAACCUGGGCCUGAGCCUCAUCACCCAGGGCAAGGAGGACACAGCGUUUCAAAUCCUGAAGACUUUUCCCUCUCUGCAGUCUGAAAACAGCGACAGCGCCAACAUGGGCAACUUUUUCCUCAGACACUGUGUCAACAUGGAGACGUCAGUGGAAAAGAUCCAUGGAUAUUGCAAAGAGCUGCAGGAGUCAAACCUGCACACUUCGGCACUCAGCUUUACUCUGGCCUGUGCUCUGGAGGCCAAGAACACUGGUAUGUCUUUAGAGCUGAUGAAGAAAAUGAAGGAGCAGGACUUUCCUGUAAGACCUCACUACUUUUGGCCCCUCUUUGUCCAGCACUUGAAAGAAAACAACACACAUGGGAUAAUUGAGGUGGUGAAGGGCAUGCAGGAGCUCGAGGUGGGCCUCGAUGUCGAGACUUUGUGCAACUACGUCCUCCCUGCCUUCCCCAACAUGGAAGCAGUUCAACAGGCCUUCAAGGAUGCAGGCAUCUCUUUGGAGGCGGAUGGCUUCGUGGCUACAGAGAUUCGCUCGAUGGCUGUAAGCAACCUGGCCGAACUCUACACUAGAUUGUCGGAUCCUUCCUGCCCCUCGUUGGACCUCAAUCACUUCCGCAGCAGCCUCAUCCAAGGCUUCAAACGGUCUUCUGAUGUGGAGACCAUGGUGAAGAUUACUGAGCUCCUGUACAACGACGAGCGCUUCUCCAGAGACAACUCCAAGCCUUCUGAAACGGUAGCCUACUUCUUAUACAAUAUAAUCGACAGCAUGACAGGCAGUGAGGUGCAGGCACAGGAGGACAAACUGCGGAAAUACUUCAAUCAACUGAAGGCUCAGAACAUAAUCAUUUCAGUAAACAUCUACAGAGGCAUCAGGAAUCUUCUGGAGUCUUACAACAUCCCAGAGCUCAUCAAGGAUGUGGUUGCUUUGCUGGACCCCAAAGACCGACGUGCCACUGGCUUUGUGGCAGCUGCUCCCCGCAGAAUUGAGGCUAGUUUGCCCGAACUUGAAAAGAAAUUGGCUGACCUGAAAGCAAAGAAGGAACCAUUGGGCACUGUUCUCAAACAAGCCAUCUAUGUUCUCUGCCAGGAGGAGAACCUGCAGUACGCCCUUGAGCUGAAGCAGCAGCACGAGGAGGAGAUGACGCUUGGUGCCUAUGCGUACCUCCUCAACCUGUGCUGUCGCCACGACAAUGUGGAGGAGGCGCUCAACCUGAAGAGGGAAAUAGAUCGUAAGGACUCAGCAGCAGUGUUCGAUACUAGUAAAUACAUCAAUCUGAUCAAGCUCUUCUCCAAGAACGACAAAGUGGAGGAGGCGUUGGACAUACUGAAGGAGAUGAAGGAGAAGGGGGUGGUGUUAAGUUACACAAAUGUCACUGCGCUCUGCCAAGUGCUUAACGCCGUGGGGCCUAAAGGCGGCCCCGACACCAUCCGACGCCUGCAGGACACCAUCUUCACCCUGGGAUUGACCAAGCCCACUGCUAUACUCUGCGCACCCCUUGUUACUGCCUACCUGGAAAGUGACGACCUGUCCGGAGCUCUAGACGCAGCAAUGGAGUGUCAGAAGCUCUACAACCAGCUGCCUUGCAUCCACGACAUCCUUGUUCUUCUGGUGGAGAAAGGAGACACCGAACUGCUGCAGAAAGCCAUGGACGUUACGAGCCGGGAGCGAGGAGAGAUGACCAUGUUGUAUGAGUUCUUCGCAUUCCUGCAGACAGGCCGUUACCGUGAGGCUCGCAAAGUCAUUGAGACGCCUGGAGUGAGGGCUCGGCCUGGACGCCUACAGUGGUAUGCAGAGAAAUGCAUUGCUUUCAACCAGAUGGAGACCUUGGAGCAGAUGGUGGACAUGACAGCCAAGCUGUUCGAGUGUGACAGAGAUCAGAUGUAUGGUUACCUCCUCCGUCUCUGCAAGGAGUCAAAUGACUGGAAAAAGGCAGAGGUGGUGUGGACGAAGAUGCAGGAGGAGAACGUCAUUCCCAGGGACGGGACCCUGCGCAUGCUGGCAGACAUCCUGAGGGAAAACGGCCAGGAGGCUCCCUUUGAGGUGCCUGAGAGCUGGUACCAACAAGCGGACGCCAAACAGCAGGAGGCAGCAGAUCCCGAAGCUGUAACUGAUAAUACUGACAACAAGGUCCGUGUGUUUGGCCUCUGUAAGAGGGGCAAAGCCCAAGAAGCCUACAGAUUGUUGAAGGAAUUGGAUAAAAAAGGUUUGGUUUUGACCCCUGCCCAUUAUGAUCAACUGAUCCGAGCCCUGCUGGCUCAGGGAUCUUUGGAGGAUGCCAUGGCAGUCAAGGACAUUGCUGUAUCACAUUUGCCGAACUUCCUUCUGAGCGAUUCCGCCUCCACAAUGCUCAUCAUCACACACAGCAAGAAAGGCCAGACUGAAGAUGCUCUCAAGAAACUGAAGUCGAUGCUGCAGGAGGGCCGUAUCCCCGCGGUGCUCGCCAUCACCAGACUGAUUCAGGCCUUGGGUAACAAAGGUGACGUGGAGGGGAUACAGGAAGUGGAGUCACUGGUGAAAAGCUUAAGCACAACCCCCAACCUGAGCAGCAUGGUGUUUGUUAACAACAUGGCCCUCGCAAACAUCAACAAUGGUGACUUUGACUCAGCAGUGGAGAUUCUGGAGGCGAUGUACACGAGUCCAGACAGCCCAAACCCCAGUAUGUCCUUCGUCUUUAGAAAGGUCUUGGAAAAGGACAAUGACAAAGCCUUGGACAAGUUGAGUGCUAUGGCAGAGCGACUAGCCAACCACUUUGCCUGCUACAGACCAGCUACAGACCUCUUCCUCCAGCUGCUGGAGGUGGACAAAGUUGAAGACGCCAAGUUCAUGCUGGCUCGCUGUAACGCUGUGGCUGAAAAUAAGGAGGUGCUGACUUCCUACUUGGCUGCGAAGUCUCAGCAUCCUGGACAGCUGGGCAAGAUCAAGGUCCUGCUGAGCCUUAUUCCAGACUUCACUGAGAAGGAGGUGCUGUACCCGUACAUGAUGAGGUGUCAUGUUCUGGAUAAGGACCUACCGGCAGCGAAGGCUCUGUAUGAGCAGAUGAAGAACGAGGGGAUGGACCUAGACGAGCUGUCACUCAAACGACUGUUUCACCUUUACAGCAGCCUAGGAGAGCAGGCACCCUUCCCCGAGCCCCCCGAGUCCUUUAACUUUUAUGCAGAAAAGUUGAAAGAGAGAGCAGCCAAAAUCCAGAAGAAUAAUGAGGAAUAAAGAUUCUUCCUCCGCCCCUCUUACCUCUACGAUGAUGUUUUCCUCCUUUGUCUCUUUUUUUGUAUAAGUUGUUGAAAUGUUCAGUAUUGUGUUAUAACUGUUGGGUGUUAGUAUCUGUCCCCUGCGCAAUUUAUAAUAAUAAUGAGGAUGGUGAGAAUGUACAAACAUAUUUAUGCUAAUAAAUCCCACAUUCUGAGCCUGA